UGACGCCAUUUUGAGUUUGAUAGUCGAUUCGUGAUUCUUCGUUUUGAGGUUUUGAUUUAGGGCGACUUGACUUAGUUGAUAUUUUAGUUCUUAUUAAACGGAGUGUAGUUAUAUUAUUUAUUGUUAUUUUCUUGAAAUAAUAAAUAACGUUGAAUGUGGUGAUAUUUAAGUUACUUCAUACUGCAUAUAUUAGUGCAAAUAUAAACAUCUAAUAUUUCUUCUUAAUUUAUUAACCUCAAGAGCCUAUCUUAGGCUUUCGGCGUUACCUUUGUUAACUCCAAUACAAUGUUUCGAGACUCAGGUGGUCGGCAGGGAGGACGUGGUGGCGGCAGGGGCGGUGGCCGGGGUGGUGCCAGUAGAGGAGGAGGCCGUGGUGGUGGCAGCAGGACGGGUGGGGAUAGCAGUUUCAGGGGGAGAGGAGGUGGUGGCGGGGGACGGGACAGCUGGAGCAGCAGUAGAGGUGGAAGCAGGAGUAUGAAGGGAGAUAUGCCAGGACAAAACCUAAGGAAGCCGAGGUGGGACAUGAACUCACUGGAACCUUUCCGAAAAGAUUUCUAUGUUGCCUCUCCCACUGUCGCUAAUAGACCACCAGCUGAAGUUGCCAGGUUCCGAGAGUCAAUGGAAAUUACAACUCAUGGAGAUGGAAUACCCAACCCGAUCUGUCACUUUGAGGAAGUCAACUUUCCUGACUACGUCAUGGAUGAGAUCAGGAAACAGGGUUUUGGACAACCAACAGCCAUCCAAUCUCAGGGCUGGCCAAUCGCUCUCAGUGGUCGAGACAUGGUCGGCAUUGCACAGACUGGAUCUGGUAAAACCUUGGCGUAUAUUCUACCAGCCAUAGUCCACAUCAAUUACCAGCCACGUCUGUUGCGUGGUGAUGGUCCAAUAGCGUUGGUGCUGGCUCCCACAAGAGAAUUAGCUCAACAAAUACAACAAGUUGCCACAGAUUUCGGUUCAUCCACGUAUGUCCGCAACACUUGUGUAUUUGGAGGAGCACCCAAAGGGCCGCAAGCCCGAGAUCUGGAGCGAGGAGUAGAGAUUGUGAUAGCGACACCAGGCCGUCUUAUAGACUUCCUGGAGCGUGGCCAGACUAACCUACGGCGGUGCACCUACCUGGUGCUGGACGAGGCUGACAGGAUGCUGGACAUGGGCUUCGAGCCACAAAUACGCAAGAUCAUCGAACAGAUCAGGCCGGAUAGGCAGGUCCUGAUGUGGUCGGCAACAUGGCCUAAGGAAGUGCGGAACCUUGCAGAGGAAUUCCUCAACAACUACCUACAGAUAAACAUCGGCUCCCUCCAGCUGGCAGCCAAUCACAACAUUCAUCAGAUUGUCGAAGUCUGCGAUGAUGUUGAGAAGCCUGACAUGCUGUUGAAAUUGCUGAGCGACAUCUCACAAGAACCUGACAACAAAGCUAUCAUCUUUGUGGAAACAAAGCGGGGAGUGGACGAGAUCACCAGGGCUGUACAGAGAAAUGGAUUUAACGCCAUGGCUAUUCACGGAGACAAAUCCCAACAAGACAGAGAUUACGUACUGGCCGAUUUUCGGUCAGGAAGGACUAACAUUCUGGUUGCAACAGACGUAGCAGCAAGAGGGCUUGACGUGGACGACGUGAAGUUUGUGAUCAAUUACGACUACCCACAGUCAUCGGAGGACUACGUACACCGGAUCGGGCGUACAGGUCGGUCAAGCAAGACCGGUACCUCUUAUACUUUCUUCACACCGAGUAACGCAAAGCAGGCAUCUGACCUCAUCAGUGUGCUACAGGAGGCAGGGCAGGAGGUCAGCGGGAUGCUGUACCAGUUGGCAGAGAUGGCGAGGAGUGGUGCAUUCGGCAAGGGCGGUAGGAACCGUUUUAGAAUGGACCGCAACUAUGAUAGUGGAGGUGGCCGCAAGGAACGAGGCUUCAGCAGAGGUUCACGGGGAGGAUCAAGGGGAGGACGUGAUGGGGGACGGUUUACUGGUGGAGGUAGUGGGGGGCGUUAUAGUGGAAAUGAGCGAUCAACUAAUGACUGGAAUUCUGGAAAUGAUAAUAGAGGUAGAUUCGGAGGAGGCAGAGGGGUUGAUGACGGAAAUCGAUUCAGUGCAGGAAGAGGAGAUAACGAAGGAAAUGGAUUUGGUAGAGGAAACGAUGACAAUAAUAGAUUUAGUGGUGGGCGAGGCACUGACGGAGGAAGAUUUGGAGGGAGAUUUGGUGGAAGAGGAGGUGAUAGGGGUGGAAGAUUUGGAGGUGAGAGAGGAGGUAGAGGUGGGGGCAUUGGUGGAAAUUCCAAUGAGGAUAGCAGUGCCAGUUAUAUGGGGGGAGGAAGAGGAGGGGCCUUCAAUAACGAAAGAGGAAGAGGUCGUGGGAUGGGAGACAGAGGCCGAGGACGACCCAAACGUGAAAGCAGAUGGGGGGAAGAGACAGACGAACAGAAGGCAACUAGAAGUCGGAGGAAUGCUGAGAAUCGUGGAUCGGGCCCAAAUGCAGAUGAUGGUGGUGCUCGACCCGCUCCUCUCUUGGGGAACUUCAAUGCCCCACCUCCAGGCUACAACCAACAAGGCAUGCCCAUGAAUUUUGGACAGCAGUUUCAACAACAGCCCAUGAAUGGCUUUGGGUUUCAAAACCAAAUAGGCAUAAGCCGCAACUAAUUAAUGAGUAACUCGUUGAAUUAUUUGAAUUAAAAUUCCAAAAUUUCAAGUGAACAAUAGCUCACUUCCUAUUAUUUUAUAUCUAUUAAAAGAAAUCUGUGAUUGAUUUAAGGACUACAAUAUAAGUUGUAAGUACUUGUAAGAAGAAUUGUUUUGUUUUAGAGAAUUGGCUGCAUUAUGAUGUAUUAUACAAUUAGAGUGAUUAAUAGAUUUUGUUUUUUAUGUAAAUUUAUAUUAUAAAGUUGCGAAUACACUAUGUAAAACUGUUACAUUUAAAUUCUGUAUUAGCUCUGACAUAACUUUAAAGUUUGGUGAAAACAACUUUUAGCAAAUACCAUUGUGGUAGAAAAGCUAUUUGUAUCUGCAUAAAAUGACCUCUUGCAUGGUUUCAGAUUAACUUAAGUUUUAUUUUGAUUUUAUGUUUUAAUUGUGGACAUGUUAUAGCUGAAACUUUUAAACAAAGAAUAUCUUUAAAUCUCACUAAACAUAGAGAAAGUAUUUGUUUUUCAAUUCUAUAUUGAGUUUCUUUGUUUUCAGGUCUGAUGAUUUCUUUAAAAUAUUUAUAUUUUUGUUUAGUAUGUCUUAAUUUUAUGUUGUUAAGAGUAUUCUCUCUUUAUAAAUGUUUAAUUACUAAAAGAAGAUGUGCUUUAAAAAAGCGUCUAAUAUACUAUCAAAAACAGUGAUGUACAUCAAAAUGUUAUGAAACUGUUAACUUGCAAAAAUAAAUAAACUCAACUUAUGGCAGGUAUUACCUUCAUUAAGAUCAGUUUAUUUUUAAUCAGUCUGUUGGUGUUAAACAAUACAGUAGUAGUUUCUUACUAUUAUUAUUAGUUGAAAAUACUAAAACAUUAUCUUGUCAUUUAUUUUAUUAAUUCAUAUAAAAUUUAAAAAAGUGUUUGUACUGUUAAUAUCAAAAUGGUUACACGACCUGUCCAAUGAAGUUGUGUAGCUCAUGCAAAAUUAUUUAUUUUUUUGUAAAUUUAACUUAAUUUCUACAUUACUGUUUAAUUAUCAUUCAUUAUCUAUAGGUAUGUGAUAAUGUAUUCUAUGUUAGAUAGUAAACAACAUUUUUCAAGUAA